UCCCCGCCCGGCUUUGUUCCCAUUGUGUGCCUGCUCUGCCUGCCUUUCCCAUCCAUCCGCGGCCGAGAAGGCAGGGCGGAGGCGGAGGGAGAGAGAGAGCGAGAGCGAGAGAGAGCGCGAGGCCUGUUCGUCCAGCGGCGGAGGGCGCGAGGGAUGGAGGCCGCGCUGCUGCAGCCCCUGGCGGCCGAGGUGAAGCCCGGCGGGGCGGUGAGCGCCGAGCUGGAGGUGAAGAAGCUGCAGGAGCUGGUGCGCAAGCUGGAGAAGCAGAACGAGCAGCUCCGCAGCCGCGCCUCGGCCUCGCCUCCGGGCUCGGGCAGCUCCCCGCUGCAGCAGCUGCUCCUCUCCUCCCUCCAGGCCCAGCAGCACGCCCUCCCCGCCGCCUCGCCCCCGGCGCUGAGCCCCAGCGGGGAGCCCUUCGUCUACUUCAAGCCCUCGCCCGGAGACGGAGGAGGGGGGUCCCAGGAGGGCCUCCUCCCCGCCGCCACCUUCCUGGACGACGUGGAGGUGCUGGACCUGCGGGCGGAGCGCCAGGAGAGGGACGCCGAGACCUGGUUGUAUGUUGCGCCAGCAAAGAGCAUCCUUUCCCAAGAAAAAGCACUGAGCCCUCUACAGUGGUGUCGGCAUGUUCUGGAUAAUCCAAGCCCUGAGAUGGAGGCGGCAAAGCGGUCUUUGUGCUUCAGGCUGGAACAAGCGAGUCGGUGGCGGAGUCUCUUCUCUUCAUCUGUCUCCUUGGCUUUCCCCUAUAGCCCUGUCGCAAGGCUCACUCCGUAUAGCAAUGGCUUUAACACUCCUGCCUUCUCUAAAACCUUCAGUAAAGCAAUAUUAACACCUGAAAGAACAGGCUGCCUUUCUCGGAGCUCCCCUCUCAGCCCCCAGUCCUCCAUAGACAGUGAACUGAGCACCUCCGAACUGGAAGAUGAUUCUAUCUCCAUGGGAUAUAAACUGCAAGACCUCACUGAUGUUCAGAUCAUGGCUCGGCUGCAAGAAGAGAGUCUGAGGCAAGAUUAUGCUUCUACUUCAGCUUCUGUCUCAAGAAACAGCUCCAGUGUGUCUCUUCAUUCGAGCAGGAAAGGGGCAAGCAGUGACCAGGAGUUUGACCGCUACAGCCUGGAGGACGAGGAAGAGGAAUUUGAUCACCUGCCUCCUCCACAGCCACGGCUCACCCGCUGCUCCCCGUUCCAAAGAGGAAUCCCCCAUUCACAGACUUUCUCCAGUAUACGGGACUGCAGGAGGAGUCCAACGUCCCCCUAUUUUCCCUCAAAUAAUUAUCCACAGCCACAGUGUUAUUCCCCUCAGGCCCAAAGUCCACUUGAGCCACAACCAAACAGGAUAAAUGGAGACAAACUCCGAAGGAGCAUGCCUAACUUAGCGCGAAUGCCAAGCACCCCCACCCUCAGUACCAACAUCAGCUCCACCAUCACUGUAAGGAACAGUCUCAGCUUUGAUUCUAAUUUGCAUGGAGCUGGUAAUGGGAUGUCAAGAAUACAGUCUUGUAUUCCUUCUCCAGGACAACUUCAACAUCGUGUUCACAGUGUGGGGCACUUCCCCGUAUCUAUCAGGCAACCCCUCAAAGCCACAGCCUACGUGAGUCCCACUGUCCAAGGGAGCAAUAGCAGCAGCAGCAGCAGCAGUAACAGCAGCAUCAGCAGCAACAGCAGCAAUGGCAUCCCAAUGUCCAGCAGCACCUUACCGUUGCACUCUAACACAGGCAUCCCAAUGCCAAACAAGACUGCGAAUGUGAGCCUUGUCACGCGCAGUGGCCUUCCGAGGCCAUCCCUGGCUAUAGGUGGGAGCAGCAUCCCCAGGAGUAAAAUUGCACAGCCAAUUCGAAGCUUUCUCCAGCCACCAAAACCUCUCUCUUCACUUAGUACUCUACGGGACGGCAACUGGAGAGACGGCUGUUAUUGACAUUGGGUGGACCCGAGAGCCAUGUGCAAGGAAAAAUGCAGAGCCUCCAACCCAGCUGGCUGGGUCACUCUACCUUUGGAAGGGCAGAUGCUUCCUUAUUCUUCUGUUAUUAUCAUUGGUCACUGAACAUAUUGCACUUAAUUCUUUGCUGUAGGUGGGGCCCAAGGCGGAGAACCAACAGUGUUGUCAAAUUAAUGUUGCAGCAUUUGUGUUCAGAGUUUUUAAAAUAACAUGCACAAGGAAUCUAAACCUGAGGGAGCCAAAAUGUGACUGAUGAAUGCUUUGUUCAAAAUGCAAUGUUCAGAAACCUUUUACACUUCUGUACUUUUCUCCCUCCUUCCCUCCCCCUCAUACAGAACUGUGUUAUUUUAACCGGUUCUCUUUUACAACAUAGAUUGCUAUACUACCUGCUUCAGUUUUUCUUUAAUAGCCUUUGGGGAGGGGAGGCCGGUAUCUUUUUGCACAUAAUGCAUUUUUAUAUUUUUGUGAAUCAUGUAGUAUUAAAGUACUUGGUGUGUAUAUGUGUGCCAUACACUUUUUUCUUUUCUUUUAAUGGUACAGUACUAUUUUAGGCAUUCAGUCAGAAUGCAUCUUAAAGCAUAUCUGCCCUAGUUAAGUGAGAGCUAUCUGCAAACAGAAACAGAUAGCAUCUAGAUGCAUUAUUUCUAGAUGCAUGAGAAAAUGUGGAUGGUUUCUGAUGCUAAAAAGUCCCAUCCCAACUUGUUAGAUUUGGCUAAUGCUGCCAAGCAUCAAUGGAUGGGUGGAGGAUGGAGAGAGAAAGGCAGAACCAAGAUCUGGAUUCAUUCAAGCGCUGAGCCUACUCCUAAGUGGAUUGGGUCCAGGAUAGACAAUACAACAGCGAUGCUGCAUAUUGCUGUUACUGUAGCAUACACAAAAUAAGUACUGAAUUGAAACUGCCAUUCCUUUUGGUCAACAUGAGCCUACUCUCUCAUCUCCUUGUUGCAGCGUUAAUUUAUUAUCAUGGUGGUGUAUUUAUAAGGAGGGCAUAAAUUAUAUUGCACUUAAAAGAUGCAGUGAUUGCUUAACCAGUCGGGUUUUAAUUCUUUAUUACAAAGGAUGAAACUACAGUGUUUUAUUAACAAUUGUGUUUGGUGCAAAUAAAUGCAUUUUCAUGGAAAUAAAACUUUUUUGAUAGAUCUUUUACAAAAAAAAGUAAUUGCACUAAUUAAUGUUUCUUACUAUGGAAUAUGAUUUUAAUACUUGAUUACAACUUGUAUUCUGCUGAUCUGAGACAUUUCACAAAUAAAGAAAUCUAUUUCGGCAAUA